AUGAAUUAUGAACCUAGUACUUGUCUAAGUUUGGGUUUAACAAAGAAUGAUCAUUUAAACCUAGACCUAGUACUGGACCUUUCUUCUCCAAUUUCUUCACCAUCAUCAACAUGUAGUCCGCACGAGCCAUUACGAGUAUUUUCUUGUAACUAUUGUAGAAGGAAGUUUUACAGUUCACAAGCUCUUGGAGGACAUCAAAAUGCUCACAAAAUGGAGAGAACUUUAGCCAAGGAAAGCAAAGAAUUAAUUAAGCCUCAUGCCGGGUUGAGUCGACAGGUUCGAUCUGGCUUCAGCAAGCUCAACAACAAGCAUUGGCCAAUCCCAAGGCUUGAUGAUCGUGAACAAACAGGCGGGUUUAAGUAUAACAUAGAGAAUGGAAGAAACGUUGAAAAUUAUGGUAAUUGGAACGCGGAAUGCAACUCUCAAAGUGUUCAUGAAGAGCUUAAUCACCUUGAUUUGUCUCUGAAGCUAUGA